AUGGAUGCUUACGGCGUCCGUCGCAAGGACACCACCAAGGGCCCGCCGUUGCGCGUACUCUCUCUAGACGGAGGAGGCGUGCGCGGAUACUCUAUGCUCAUCAUUGUACAAGAGCUCAUGCACAGAACGUUUGUCGAAGUUGAAGGCCGAGCCCCCCGACGUCAUGAAAUCCCGAAGCCCUCCGACCAUUUCGACCUCAUCGUCGGCACCGGAACUGGCGGGCUGAUCGCCCUGAUGCUUGGUCGACUGCGCCUAGAUCUGGAAACAUGCAAAGAAUUAUAUGUACGGAUGACAAGAGUCGUCUUUGAGACAGACAAGACUUUUGCUGGCAUCCCCUAUCGAUCGACGCUGUUCAAAGCCAGCAAGCUUGAGGAAGCGAUACAGCAGGCCGUGCAAGAACACACCAUCUACGAGAAAGAAGGAAAUGACGGCCAGGAAGCACAUGACCUUGUCAGUCCACUUAACGCUGCGCAAUACUCCAGCGCUUCACCUCGGCGCAAUCCCAGCAAUGCUAGUACCGUCAGCUUCAGUGCUCGCAGUCCAUCGGCCCAAAUGGCAUCGCGACCUGCCUUCAACUCAAGAUACGGCAACCCACAUGCAAGACUAUAUGAUGCGCGUGAAACACGGACCAAAACAGCCGUAACUGCCAUCUACCAAGGAUCUCCGCGCAACGCACCAGCAGCCAUGUUGCGCUCAUACGAUUCACGACGCGAGCCACCGCCCGAAUUUGAUUGCAAGAUUUGGCAAGCAGGGCGCGCGACCAGCGCCAUCGGCCUGGCAUUCAAGCCCAUACGUAUUGGACAAUCUAUUUUCCACGAUGACGGCGUGGGGACCUUCAACCCGGCGCCCGACGCAUUGGAUGAAGCAGUGAUCAACGAGUGGCCAGGCCGUGAGAUUGGAGUCUUUGUCAGUGUUGGAACCGGACGGCGGCCGAAGUCGAGUGACUCGAAUCAACAUGUGUGGUACGAAGGGUUCCUCGGGGAGUUUGCAGAAGCUCGAAGACGACUCAUAUCAAAAAUCGAAGGAUGCGAAAAGAUUCAUGAAUACAUGGUACGGGAACACCUUACGAAGCGGGGUGUCAAUGUCGAGAAUUACUAUCGUCUCAACGUUGAAGUUGGUGUCGGCGAAUUCGGCAUGAAUGAAUGGCACAGGCUGGGAGAUAUCAGCACUAGCACACGCCGAUACAUGGCUCGCGAAGCGGAACAGAAGAUGAUUCACGGCAUUACAAGCAAGCUAGCCAAGAUUCUCAAGGCCAAGAUCAGGUGGGAGCGAGCUCAGCAAGGCAUUCCAGAACUGGUCAAGUCUACGUCGGCAACCAACUUCGAAAUGCCGCUUGCCGUAGAGUUGCCUGGAGACGAACCGGUUGCUCCUCUCAGCCCUCCAAGCCGGUCAUCUUUCGACUCCAGUCCCGACAGUCUACACAUUGGCUCAAAUCAGCUAGCAUCUCCGCGCAGUUCACACGAUCGAGUCCGUCCGGGCACGGGGAGCUCUCGACCAGGGCAAGCAUCGCCUAUUCCAGAUGAUCCCGAUCGCCUCGUGGUAUCAUCGCCAUCCCCGAAUCAAUAUCAAAACGCCGCACACUCGGACAAAAUCGCCAUUAUGAGUCCAGACGAGCAUGCCCGACCUUCACCGCAGCAAUUCGCAGUACCACCAACUCGGAUUGAGCCGCCUCCCCUGCCACCCAAGACACCCCUGCCAGAUAGCAAUGGCCGCCAUCGUCAGCCACAGCCGCCGACCACUCGGGUAUCAUCCGCAUCUAUCCCGCCAUAUCCCGUGGACGACGAUGAACCACCGCCUCCUGUAAACAUGGCUCGAAAACCCGAAUAUCGAGCGCACUAG